AUUUCAUCUCCCAGUGAUCCAAGUAGCCUUCUUUAUCAGGACAAGGGAGAAGCAAUAAAGGAAACCGUGAGGUUAUGGGAUGAAUUUCAAGUAAAGAAGCCUUGUCUCAGUGAGAGAACCAAGAAUGGAGGCCCCCUUCAGCCUCACUGUGGCCUGUGACUGCAGCCUUAUGUUUGGUGCCGCCCUGCCACCAGACAGGCGAAUGCCGCCAGCUCCGUCCUUGUUCUUCAUCGUAGUAUCUCUCGUCACCAUCAGGCCUGCUACGGCCAAGGUGUCACAUAACACAUGUGAAGAAGUACAGGCCUUUCAAGGUGUUCAAGACACAAGAGCACUCCCAGGGAAAUUAUUCUUUUACCCCAUAUCACCAUUUGCUUUCCUUGGAACAAUAACUCAUUACAAGGUCACUCUGACUAAUGGAUCAGUUUUGCCAAACUGGUUGGAAUAUAACCAUAACACCAGGACCCUUCAAGGGCUGCCAAUGCCGGACGAGAGUGGAGACUAUCAUCUCACCGUGGCAGCACACGGAGAGGCGUGUGGCCCAAACACACCAGCUGCCACUGCCAACUUUGUACUUCAUGUGCACAACUCCAUAACUGUCUGUGAAAAGCAACUAGACAUAAAUCAAAAGCCUGUGAAUGACAUUAUCUAUUCUGAAGGACAGUGUGCACAGGACAUUUCUGUCACCUUUGCUGAGAUCAUAAUCCUCAACCCAGCUGGUUCUUUAACCAUUCAAGAACGACUCUCUCUCAUCUACACCAUGGCAGAAUAUCUCCACCUGGACCCAGUCUUCUUAACACUUAUUCCAUUCAGAGAAUCAUUUAAAAAACACUUGUGGAAUCUGACCAUUGUAGGUGAAGAUAUUAAAUGCAUCGGCACUGUGGAAAACCACUAUGUAGAACUAUGUUGGCCAGUUGGGUUUGGACUGUUUGCUAUGCUGUACGAAUUAGUGCAAGUUCUACGACACAACAUCCAGUCAAGCCACCUCUCACAGCUCCUGGGCUAUGAAAUUGCCGGCUGGAGAAUUCUCCAGAAAGGCAACCAUGAAAAAAGGCAUGCAGGAAAACGACACAGGAGGCAAUUAAUGGCCACUCCAAGGCCUACAAUGACACCUACUAAACUGGGAGUGAAGCCAACAAAAACAGAGGCCUUCCCUUUUGGGACAACUACUCUGCCACAUACAAAGUCUACUGUAAGACCGAGUGCAAGUUCAUCAUCUUUGUACAAAGACAAUUUGACAACUGUUCCCAGCUACACUGAUAUCUCUUUCCAUUCUGUUACAACCCAGAGGGAUUUAGGAACCUUACAUGUUCUCAGUGUUCAUUCGAGGCAACCAGCAUUUACUAUUUUCCAGUCUCUCCCUUCUGCUGACCCCGAACUUUCACCUUCUUUGAUGACAACAAAAACAGAGGCCUUCCCUUUUGGGACAACUACUCUGCCACAUACAAAGUCUACUGUAAGACCGAGUGCAAGUUCAUCAUCUUUGUACAAAGACAAUUUGACAACUGUUCCCAGCUACACUGAUAUCUCUUUCCAUUCUGUUACAACCCAGAGGGAUUUAGGAACCUUACAUGUUCUCAGUGUUCAUUCUAGGCAACCAGCAUUUACUAUUUUCCAGUCUCUCCCUUCUGCUGACCCCGAACUUUCACCUUCUUUGAUGACAGCAUCAUUGAUAGAAUUCGGGAGACAGGAUGAUCUGACUUCCAGAACACCCCCAAUAGUAGAAUUCCAGCAGUCUCAAGUGCAACUGCAAGAUAUACACUCCACACCUAAGAAGUCUGAACCAAAACCCAAUUUCACUCAAUAUUAUUUAAGUUUUUCUGGGUCAGCCAACAAAACCCAGUUCUUGAGUUCUGUUCAGGCCACAGUAGACGUUUCCGUUUCAUCAGAAGACACACCCUCUGAAAAAACGCCUGUAGCAGACAUCCCAAAACAAUUUGUAACAAAUUCAACUCAUAGUAGCUCAUACACUUAUCUAACAGCAUCUGGAUUAGCAUAUGAGGACAGUUUUUUUGCAGCAAAUCUUCCUAUAUUUGCCACCACGUCAACACCGGCAAAGCUAAGGAUCCCAUUUUCUACUGUGGUCAAGUCUUUGUUCUUCUCAAGCUGCAGCCAUCAAAAGUACGAUCUAUUUAGCAAUGGCAGAUAUGCUUCAGAAUCAUUUAUAUCAAAUCCACAGAAGAAAGAGCAUCUCUUUACAGACGAAAACUCUUCCCCUCUUACUGCAGUCCUGACUGAGAUCUUUAGGUGGACUACGGACUUAAACUUGAUGGAUGUUAUGUCAGCUGGUGAUUCAGCCACUACAGGCAGUGCUUCUGUCCACAAACUUGGAUUGGUGCCUGACGCAAGUCCAGUAAGACAGUUAUAUUACAAUGAUAAUAUUCCUGCCUUGACAACAUACAGCACAGAAGAAUUCAGCAUUUUCCUGUUUACCUCUUCAGUAGAAUUUGGAUUACUAUCCAGAACAAGGAGCGUCACAACAGAGCUUCCUUCCCUGCCUUUAUCAACAUCAAAAGAACUGACAGGCUCAUUUGGUUUUCAUAAUAUAUCACCAGUGGAAGAACUGUUGUCCAGUAGCAGGCCUAUUAGCCAAAAGGUAUUCAAGACUGAUGAACAUACAUCAGAGCCAUUUACGACUGUUCCUGAGACAAACAAACUUUUAUUUAUAAAAGACAAAGCCUCAACUCUUACCAAGAUGCAGGUGGAGACUCUUCUUUGGAAUAAGCCAUCCCAUUUAAUUUAUAUUACAACAUCCGGUGUUGUUUUAAGAAGCCAGUUUCUAAGUUUAGACAGCCUGUCUCAGGGGACAAGUCAGACACAUUCAUGGUAUUCUUAUGAUACUCUUCUGCUUCCUGUGCCUGUGCAAUAUACUGGUACUCCCAAGUUACAUUUCUCUAAGAAUUAUUUUAGCUCAUAUGCCAGUGGUAUCAGAAUUUCUGUGGCAUCUCCUGAUGUUUCACAAUUGGAGACAAGUGAUUUAAUUUUGACUGGCCUGCUGGAAACCAAAGCGGCCUUCCACAUCUCCAGGAAAUCUAUAUCACAGAAGCUGAAAGAUUCAACUGUUGCAUCUUUACAGGCUGGACUUCAUACCACUUCUGUGUUCCCAGGGGUGCAAGAUACAUCCUUCCCAUCACUGCAUACAGGAACAAGCAUCUUUUCACUUACUCCAUCUGAGGAAUCAUCUUGUUGCACAGAAACAACACAGACACCUUGGUUGCUGACUUCCCAGGUCAUACCCACAGGCCAGACAAAUACUUCCCCAAGAGUUGUCAGUGCUAUUAACUGGAUAACAGCAACCAUUGGACACAAGUUCUCAUUUUCAGUACCUUCAGACACAUUUUAUGAUCAGGAGGAUGGAGGUACGCCUCUGCUGACCCUUGGAAUGUACCCAGCUGAUGGUUCACCGAUGGGCCCAGAGAACUGGUUGCACUUUAAUUCACAAUUCCAAACCAUGCAUGGCUAUCCACUUGCUUAUGAUUUCCAGUAUUCGCCUCAGGGAUUUUUACUGUUUGCCACUGAUUCUGAAGGGCUGAAGACUUCGGAGAUGUUCACAAUAGAAUUACACAGACCUACCUCUAUCCCGUGUCACAAUUUUACCAUAAGAACAAAAAAUAGCUACCACUCAUUCCUGAGAGACAGGGGAAGAGUUUACUUGUUUUUUGAGAAGCUUUCCAAAUAUUUGAGCUCUGGCAGCCCAGGCAAUAUGACACUGCUGCAUCUCAGUCCUGGGUCCACUCUAAUAACAUGGUAUGACCAUUCCUUUUGCACAAGGAAUAACAGAUGUGCAAGAGAUGAAAUCCAGGGAGUUUUGGUUAAACUAAGACUACCAGGUGGAAAUGUUCAUCCAAAUUUUGUUGAGGCAAUGUUGCCAGAAUACAACAUCUAUCAAACAGAGGACGUUGCAUAUGGUGGAACCUGCUCUUCUAAUGAGUCCUUGCAAACCAUAGUUGCAUUUAAUAAUUGCUAUUCCUGGACAAGAAAUAUUUUCUUUACCUUGCUAAUCAGCAUGUGUCCUGCUAUUAUGAUAAUAUUGAUGAUCUUCUGGUACUGUAAAUACAACACAAAAAUAAUUGGAUCACAAUCUAGAUCUUUUCAUGGAAGGCCUUUUUUAAGUUACGCUGAUUUGGAAAUGGAUGUUCUGAAAUCCCAAAAAGCAGCUGUAGUUGAACAAGAAGUUCCAUGGCCAGCUGAGUUAUGGUUACCUGUGCCAACACAAUCUCAGCAGCGCUUCGGCAGACCAAAUGCAAACCUUGCUGCCUCCAGGUUGCCUCCACCCCCAAAAUAUAGACUUCCACCACUGUAUUGAAUGGAUGAACAUAGCCAGAAUUGUGACAAUCAUCAGAAGUCCAUUUCCAAAGGUAGGCUAUACUGAUAAUUUAGUUCAGGAUGACGGAACAAUUAUUUGUCUUUAUACUGGAAUUAAAAAACAAAUAAAGUUUACUUUUUUUGAAA